AUGUCAGACACUUAAGAACUUUAACUCACGUAAUAGUCUGCAAGCUGACUUAUAUUCAAGUUGCUUUCUGUUAAGAUGUUUGUACUUUUACUUUUGUUUGACUUCCAGGACUCAGUACAAGCCUGGUUCCUGGAUAUGACGUGUUUGUUUACAAGUGUACAUUGUAACCUAGGGGCGUGGUUAGUUACCUGCCACGAUGACGCCACAGCUCACUUAUAAAACCGGCACGUUUAAUUUUUUUCUUUUUAAUUUUUGCUCUUAAGGUCGUACGGAAACACGCUUGUGCUUCCCAAGUGUCCCUUUCAACGGUUUUGCGGGUCAAACACUAAUUAACCCUGUAAAUUAUUUGUUUUAACAUUUUAUCAUCGCCUCGGAACAUUCUUUUGCAGAAAUACAACGUAACGACUUGACCUUUCGGAGACGAGUCUACCUUUAAAAAAAGUCACAUUAGUGACAUCACGUCCGAGAAGAGUCUCCUUAAGAGGCAACUCGCCGACUCACUGACGUUCUUGUGACCGAGAGAGAAGUACCGGUGAGCGGAUAGCUCAGAAGCAACGGGCGGGAGCGGUUUUGUGACCACCUUGCGGAUAUUUCAUUUCGUUCAUCUUUCUUUUGGGAAUUCGCCGCUGUUCUGUUGAUUUCGCACCUUACAUGCCAAAGCUGGGGGAACAAAUUGGACCUUUUACUUCCACGCGAAGCUUCGCGGUUCUCGCCACGGUCAUCGGUUAUCGGAUGGACCAGCAUCCCAGCGCCCGGAGCUGCACCAGCCGCGGGGCUUCUUCGUCCUGCGAGGCCGCCCCCGCCGAGCCCUCCAUGAACCUCCACAUCCACUCCACCACCGGCACCCGCUUCGAGCUCUCGCUGCCCCAGGAGGAGACCGUGGACGGGCUGAAGAGGAGGCUGUCGCAGCGGCUCAAAGUACCCAAAGAGAGGCUCGCGUUGCUGCACAAAGAAACCAGACUAAGUUCGGGCAAACUCCAGGAUCUUGGCGUCUCCGAUGGGAGCAAGUUAACACUCGUACCGACCGUCGAAGCAGGAUUAAUGUCUCAAGCAUCAAGACCCGAGCAAUCAGUCAUGCAAGCGUUGGAGAGCUUGACCGAAACUCAGGUCAGCGACUUCUUGUCCGGCCGCUCCCCCCUCACGCUGGCGCUCCGUGUGGGCGAUCACAUGAUGUUCGUCCAGCUCCAGCUGGCAGCACAGCAGUCGGGCGGUCCGCAGCUCCAGCACAGGCACCUUAUCACCCGGGGCAACUCGGAUGCCACAGCGGGCCAGCCCACAGGACAGCCUUGUAUCCCUCAACCGCACUCUCAUCUCCCUCAUCAUCCACACAGCCCCAACUUGCCUCAGCCAGGCCCCUCCACAUCCUCUUCCGCGAGCACCUCAACUUUCCCUCUUCCCCCCACACACCAACAGUCCCUGACCCCCAUGUACCACCAGUCCCCAUCGUCCGUUCCUCACUGCAGCCCGGCCACCCCUCCUCCUCCCCCUCCCGCUCGCUCUCCUCGCACGUCACAUGUCCCCGGGAGUCUGUUCCGGUCUCCUCCACAUCACCUGCGAGACCACCACCACUACCACCAGCCUUCCUCAGGCCAGGCCAGCCACAACAUGGGCCAAGCCAGCCCUGUAGCCCCUGUUUUGUGCCCUGAGGCCAGCUGCAGCACCAACAGCCCCAGUAGUGGCACGAGUUCAUCAGCGCGCUCCCGUAAACCUGGCGCCAUCAUUGAGAGCUUCGUGAACCACGCUCCUGGAGUCUUUUCAGGGACCUUUUCAGGCACUUUGCACCCUAACUGCCAGGACAGCAAUGGGCGCCCCAGACGAGAUAUCGGUACCAUCCUUCAGAUUCUCAACGACCUCCUGAGCGCCACACGCCAUUACCAGGGCAUGCCGCCUUCCCUCACCCAGCUCCGUUACCAAACCCAGUGCGGCACGCCCAGCUCGCCGUCCCCGUCGCCGCCUCCCUCUCCCCCAGUCGUCGGCACAACGGGACUCUCAGCCAAAGCUACCUCGGUGCCCGCCGGCAACCCCAGCAGCCCUCCGCCGACCCUUCAUCCGCUGGUGCAGUGCCAGAGCCAGAUCCGCAUGUGCAAGCCCCCUGGCGACCGAGUCCGGCAGACGGAGAACCGCGCCACGCGCUGCAAGGUGGAGCGUCUGCAGCUGCUGAUGCAGCAGAAGCGCCUGAGCCGGAAGGCCCGGCGGGACCAGCGGGGCCCCUACCACUGGCUGCCCAACCGCAAGGCGGGCCGCAGCAACAGCAACAGCAGCAUGUCCAGCGAGGGCUCCCUGGACCUGGACUUUGACGACUCCGUGUGGAAGCCCGACGUCAAGGCCGACUUGAAGUCCGAGUUCGUCAUGGCCUGAGAGGAGGAAGGACGCGCCGAGCAAAGUUUGAGGGAGUUUGUCACUGGCAACUUGAUAGGAAAGGCCCUUCCUUGCAGACUUCGCUCCCAUCAUACUUUGCAGCAACAUGACUGUCUGAUGCUUGGAUUUGGACUGAAGAUAAAACCUUGAAUUUGAGCAAAGUAGAAUUCCGUGAGUGGUGGUGGUAUUUUAUUUUAUUUUUUUUUCUUAACGUUUUCAUGUGUGCGUGUGAUAUGGCGCACUCUGGACAGUGACUAAGAGCGCCUAGUGGACUUCCCCAACAGGACACAAGCACCAGAUGCCUCAGUGUUCUCUCCCAUACCCCCCCCCCCCAACUCCCUCCCCCAAAUGGCAAAGCUGCCGAACUCUUUGGAAUAUUGCGACGGGCAUUCAUCACUGAUCUCCAAACUCACUCGAGCAGUCCGCUUCUGACCUGUUACAGGCUGGUUCAAUGUCUUGUUUUGUCCUUUGUUUGUUUGUUUGUUUUUUUAACAUACUAUUUUAUAAAGCAGAAAAGAAGAUGUAGCAUUGUUCACAAAGCAUUCAGGUUUUCAUAGAACAGUUCAAAACGGUGAUUUGCACAGGAUCUUUGAUUUCUAACAAGUGUGCAGAAAUAAUAUGGAAGUAUUGAUAUCAACCUCAGUGAUCGGAGUGGUAAAAGGAUGAACAGAAAGUGCUUUAGAUGGGGGGAUUUUAAAAUCUUUACAAAAGCAAAUGAUGACAUUUAAUAAGAAAAAAAAAACAAAACAAAUCUAUUUUCUAUUUCUAUUCCUAUCUUGCUGUUUUCCAAAAGCAGCAGCCCUUCGUGGCUUUGUGGUUGACUACCAAUAAACAUCCAUUCAGUCGUUCAUUCAUUUUUGUGGUUCAUGGCGUUAUAACGACACGCAACUCGCAACCCAAGUAGACUGUGUACAUAAACGUGGCGAUUGGCAAAGUUUUAUUCGGGUGUAUGUUACUCGUCCCCCACCCCUUCUGUUCUCCCAAGUUUUGGCAAAGGAUUCCCCCAACCCUCACAACCAUAUGGAGUCGUCCUCACAAUUCUGUUUUUAUUGGCAAAGUGUGGGGGGGAAAAGUGUGAUCGGUGUGUUACCUAGUGCCUCCACCGGGACAUCCAUGAACAUAUCACAGUUUUGCUGCUACACACUUGACAAAAAAAAAAAAAAAAUUGCAAAAAAAAAAAAAAGUGUCAGGAAGGGUUUUUGUGCAUGCGGAUGACGUGGUGAUGAAAUGGAACAAGAAGAGCAGAGGUGGAGGUUCACAUGCAUGAAUUUCUGAUGAAAAUUAAAAAAAAAGUGCUGCUGUUGUUAAGGUUUUUGUAAUUUUUACUUGUAUGUGUUUGGGGGAGAUAAAAAAAGACAUCCUAUGAAAGUAUUAACAACAAACCAGAACAGAUGAAGUUAAGUGUGCCCUCCACUGAACAUUCCUGUUAUGUGACAAUGAAGUUGGAGCCAAUUCCCUCCCCCACAACACCCCAAACUAAAAACUUUGAAGCCCCCCCCAACCCCCUCUUUCACGCCAGGAGACCGAGGAUCACGUACGGACGCACUCGCGGAGACUCGAGGAACCAGCGGAACAUUUUCCACGCAACUUUGUCCGAACUAUCGAGCGCCCUGCCACGAUUGCACUCCAAAGAGCUUGCAGUGAGAGAUUACCAUUUUUUUGGGGGGUGAACCUCAUCUUUUUGUUAAGUGGCCUUACCUUUCACUAAGAAAUUGGGAACAAUGGGGACGGGAUGGUUUAUUUGCUGAUUGUUUUGAAACGAACAAUUUGUCAUCACGGCACCACUUUCAUAACCCCUUUUGCACUUCCUGUAAGAGCCCUCAUUUGUCCGCCGCCUUUCUGUGUUGCUGUUCCUUUUAAAUGACGCGGAAUGGGGGUACAAAAUCAGACCCAGCCAUUUUGCGCUUUUUGAUGUCCCAGAAGUAAUAACAGCAGAACAGCACCUGUGUAGCCCAUUUUACGCUGCAUGUAAAAAUCUGUGUUUUCCCGCCCCUUUAUAUAUGAAAGGCACAGAUGCGGAAAAGGGGGUGCAAAGCCGAACUUACCACAAAGGAGCUAGGAUCUGCCAGUAAAAGUGUUCUCCCGCCCUCUUUCAGUGUCACCGCUGUGUAGAAAUAUGAUUGACAAGGAAUGAGGGAACAAUGUCUGACCCGGCAAUUUUUCCGUGUUUGGAGGUAGUAUCAGACCUUGGAUUGCGCCAUUUUGCACUGCAUGUAAAAGCUGGUAUUGUUUGACCUGCUUUUCCGUGUCGCUUUUGUGCGAAAACAUGACCAACACGGAAUGUGGGGACAAAGUCAAUUUGACAAGAUUUCCUUUUUCUCAGGUGGUAUCACCACACAAAAGCUGAGUUUUUCCACCCUUCCAUGUCAACUGUUGUGCAUGAACGUAACCGAAAUAGAAAGUGGAUUUGGCAGUUUUCUACCUUUUUGGAGCUAUUGUCUGUAUAAACGACAGCAUUUUUUCCACGUUUAUCUCAUUCUGUAUAAACAGCGGCAACAUUGAAUCGGCGGACAAAGUACUAAAGUGAUAGUGGUCCACUGUCUGAGGGAGUAUCUGCCUGAAAAAGCUGAUGUUUUCCCAUCUUCUUUUCCAUGUCACUGUUGAGAAACUAACAUGGAAUUGUCCCCUGUAGCCAUUUUUCCAACGUGUGCAAAUUUUGUAAUUUUAUUCUGUUAAAAUGCUCCAUAAUUUUCCACCUUUUCAGAGGUAGUAUCUACCUGUAAAAUCCCCCCGCCCUCUUUCUUGUCAGUGUUGUGUUUAACUCUUUCAGGAACAGCGGUUACUGCAGUGGACAGCUUAUCAUUUUUUGUGCAUGAAAGGGUUAAACUCUAAUUAGGGGACAACAUAAACUAUCAAUGUUCCACAUAUGGGGGUCGUAUGAAAGACGGCACUGAUCUGUUCUGCCUUUGCUGGGCUCUGUGUAAAAGUCGCCGCGGAUAAAUGCCGGGCCAUUUUGCAAGGUCCCCCAAGGACUCGGGGCAUGCGUUGUUUUGUGUUCUCUAGCUGGUGGAGACUCUAUUAUGUCAAGGCUUCUGUGCCUUAAAAUGUUGCCCUUGCAGUGUCGAUGAAAAGUUCGUUUUCACGUCGUCAUUCCGACCUCACGUCCCUGGGGGAGAAAAAGAAAGGAAAAAAAAGAGGCUAAAUUUGAACUGUUGGCACAAAAGAGCCAGAAAGGUCCUAUGAGGACCACAUGCACUUCCUUUUUCCUUGGAUCCAUCAUUACCAAAAGGACAGUUCAACCACCCGUCCCUCCACUCCCUUGUCAAAUUCUAUUUAUUUUCCCUUUGUAUAUGUAUGAACUAUACUCUGUGUGUGUGCCUCACUUCUGUGUGAAAUUGAAAAAGAUGACAAAAAAAUGAUAGAGCAUUACAGAGGGAUUUAAAAAAAUAAUAAUCACGUCAAUGAAAUUCCAGAUCACAACAGUUUCAGUUGCCUGUUCUUACUUGUAGCCAACGAUUGAAAUUAAACAAGAUUCAAGACUACAAUUUACAAUGUUCUAGCUCUAGACCGGUGUAGCACAUGCGUGACUGUAUUAAUUUAUGAAACCAAAAUGGUUACUGUGAAUUACGUAUUUCUUUGUGCAUUUUUUAAGUGGGGGGUGGGGUGGGGCGGGGGGGGGGAACAAGGCAGCGGCUCUUGCCCAUGUCUGGAUUUUUUUUUCUUCUGUUGAUGGAAAUAUAAUGGAAACAAACCACGUUUCUCAAAAAAAAAAAA